CGGAUACGGACUCAAGGAAGAAAAAAGGCAAAACAGAUUUAAUUUCAAUUUUUAUCAGUGAGUGUAUAUGGAACAAAAAACUUAAAGCUAGAAUUAAAGAUAUUGAACAUUAAAGUUCGUUUUAAUGCAUAUCAAAUUAUAAAUUUGUGAUUCUCCUGUUUCUCCUGCCAACUGAUAGUUCUUCGAAUCAUAAUACGAAAAUUUUAUCAAUCAAAAAGAUUUUUUUGUCGCUAUUGAUUUUCUGCUUCCUGACAGUUUUCUCACUUGACUCUUGUUUUACUGUUUGUGGUUCGGAGAAAAAUAGAAAAUAAAUGAAGAUAAAAGAAUAGAAUUUCUAAGGAAAACAAAAUAAAAAAAAAAGAAGUGAAGGCAGUGAUAAGUUAUCAUCAAAAGCAACACACAAUUGCUCUAAGCUCGCAACACAAAUAUCAUAAUUAUCAAAGCUCGAGCUACAUAUCAGUUAGAAAAGAGAAAAAAAAUUAGAUUUUUCUGUCGUGUUGCCUUCAUUAGUGCAAUGCUGAUGAAAUAAUUCACUGUGGUUAUAGAAGUGAAGAAGUAAUAAUUGGCUAACAUAAAGUUAAUAUGAGAAGAAAGAAAUUCUCGAGUGUUUUCAAACUGUAAAAUCAACAUUUUACAACUUCUUAUUGGAAUAUUUAAUAUAAAGAAAAGCGCAAAGAGUUAAGCCAUAAGAAGUAACGAAGAAGGUAGAAGUAACAAUAAAGGAGAAAAAUAGCUCAUCAAUCGACGUUGUGGACUUGACCGGCCACAAGAAUAUUGAGAAAGAAAUAGAAAAAGAGGGAGAAGGGGAGAAAAACAACUUCAAGAAGCAGCAGUUUGCGUAAAUAUAGAAAAACAAAAAACAACAAAAUUCUUGCAUAAAUAUGACGUCAUAAAAGGAGAGAAAGUUAAGUCGACUGAACAAUAAAUCCCACGCGUUAAUAACAGCAAAAAAAUCAACUUAUUUCACAUAUUCAUCGUAAUCGAGUUGAAAAUAGCAAAAACUAAAAUUUCAUUGCAAAAACUAAGAAACAAUUAAUAGAAGAGAGAAAAAAUGAUUUGGCGUCGUAAAUCAUCAUUGUUCAAAGUCGUUUUGGCGAUUCUUGCCGUUUGGUUCACAGUUGUAUUCUUCUUUUCGGAUAGUCGUCCAUCAGAUGCCAACGUUCUUUCUCCACAACUGCUUCAGCAACAUGAAUCUGAUGCCAAAGGAUAUGAAAGAAAUAAUAAGUUAAAGAAAUUUAUCAUUGAUAGUUAUAAAGAAGGACAUGAAGGACUUGCGAAUGUUGUUAAUAAAAAGCAAAUAAAGAAUCCGUUUGAUAAGGAGAAUGUGGAAGUGGAUGAAAAUGAAAUGAUUAAUGAGAUUGCAGGGGAAAGGGAAGAAGAAAUGAUGGAGGAAGAAUUCGAAGAACGAAAGCCACAAAUCAGAACAAAAACGCCAUCAAAGAAACGUUUUGGUCAGCGAGAUGGCGAAGAUGUUGGAUUCAUUCCACCCCCAAAUGAUCUUGGCUUGGAAUCACCGGGUGAGUUAGGCAAACCAGUGACACUUCCAGCAAACCUUACAGCGGAAGUCAAGAAGAUGGUUGACGAUGGAUGGCUGAAAAAUGCUUUCAAUCAAUACGUUUCCGAUCUCAUCUCAGUCCAUCGAAGUCUUCCCGACCCGAGAACGAAAUUCUGUAAAGAUGUUGAGAAAGAUUACAGCCAAAAUCUUCCUGACACUUCAGUCAUCGUGACAUUCCACAACGAAGCUUGGUCGACACUUCUUCGAUCUGUACAUUCCAUUCUCGACCGAUCACCGGAUCAUUUAAUCAGAGAAAUUAUUCUCGUUGAUGAUUUCAGUGACAUGCCGCAUGUUCAAAAGCAACUUGAAGAUUACAUGAAAAAUUAUCCCAAAGUGAAGAUUCUUCGUGCAAAGAAACGCGAAGGUCUCAUAAGAGCGAGAUUACUUGGAGCUGUUCAUGCUGAAGCGCCAGUUUUAACUUUCCUUGAUUCACACAUCGAAUGCACAACGGGAUGGCUUGAGCCACUUCUUGAUCGGAUAGCAAAAAACACAACGACCGUUGUUUGCCCUGUCAUUGAUGUGAUUGAUGAUACAACAUUGCAGUAUCAUUAUCAUGACUCGAGUGGCGUGCAAGUUGGUGGAUUCGAUUGGAAUCUUCAAUUUAAUUGGCAUCCAGUACCUGACUCUGAAAGGAAGCGACAUUCAGAUCAAUCGGAACCUGUUUGGUCACCAACAAUGGCUGGCGGUUUGUUCUCAAUCGACAAGAAGUUCUUUGAGAAGCUGGGAAUGUACGAUCCUGACUUUGACAUCUGGGGUGGCGAGAAUCUUGAACUUUCCUUCAAAACUUGGAUGUGUGGUGGCACUUUAGAAAUUGUUCCUUGCUCUCAUGUAGGUCACAUCUUUAGAAAGCGUUCACCCUACAAGUGGCGAACUGGUGUUAAUGUUCUCCGAAGGAAUUCCAUUCGCUUAGCUGAAGUAUGGAUGGAUGACUAUGCCAAAUAUUAUUAUCAGAGAAUUGGAUCUGACAAGGGUGACUUUGGCGAUAUCAGUGCACGACUUCAACUUCGAAAGGAUUUAAAAUGCAAAUCAUUCCAGUGGUAUUUGGAUAACAUUUUUCCAGAAUUGUUCAUCCCUGGCGAUGCAGUUGCACAAGGAGAGGUAAGAAACUUCGCACGUGGCAAUCGAACGUGUCUCGAUGCACAAGGCGGUAAAAAGGGCUUACGUAAGCCAGUGUCACUUUAUCCAUGUCACAGACAGGGCGGCAAUCAAUACUGGAUGCUUAGCAAAACUGGUGAGAUUCGACGUGAUGAAGCAUGUCUUGAUUAUGCUGGAGCUGAUGUGAUUCUUUAUCCUUGCCAUGGUGGUAAAGGAAAUCAGUUCUGGACUUAUCGUCUUGACACCAAACAGUUACACCACAAAUCAUCUGAUCGUUGCAUGGCCAUAAGCAAUGAUAACCAAAAACUUCUCAUGGAAGAUUGUAAUCAGCAUCGAGAGGCACAGAAAUGGCUUUUCGAGAAUUACGAUGCAAGUAAAAUGCGAAAGUAAUACGUAAAACUUCCUUUUCUAUGGAAGUCAAAGUUCCCAUCGCAAUAAUUGUCUGUAGAGUGAAGUGAUUGUGAUAAUCGACAUGUUAUUUUUGAAUAAUCGCAAAUUGAUAUCGUGAUCGUCAAUGAUUCUUGUGAAAUUGAUUAAAAAGUGAAUAUAAAAUGAGAAAUGCGAGUCAAAAGAUUAGUUUUAAAUUGAAAAUAAUUUAAACCUUAACUCUAUGUACUUAAAGUCUUUUAUUGCGUGCAUAAACUGCCACAACACUAUUAAAAACUGAAAAUGUCGUUAAGCAUCAACUUAAAUAUGAAUGUUAAAAAUGCAUAAAAUUGAAGUUCUCGUUAGUACUUGUCAACAUCAACACUUGAAACAAUCAUAAAGUGCAUGACUCAGUUUAAGAAUGCAUUCGGUAUUUACGUUUGAUGGUGGGGAUGACCAGGAACAGUUUUUUAUCGUUAAUAUUAUUCUAUAGAAAUUUUGAAGAUGACAAAUUGACCAUCAAAAAUAAAUUUCGAAUGAUUACCUUUAAAAAUGGGAAAUGAAAACAUUAUGCGCAUUAAGUGGAAGAAAUAUUGGUUAUGUGCAUAACUUUUAUUCCUUGGACAUUAUGCGCAUCAGGUGAAAUUUUCUGUUUCAGUUCAAUUUUUGAUUAAAAGAAAUGAAAAAUUUUCAUAUCAGAAAACAGUCGAAAACUUACUUCCAUUGAAAAUCAUGGAAUUUCUUGCUCAAAUGUUAUACGAUUACUUAAACAAAUAUCUGCUUAUUAUAUGAAUGAAACAUUUAUCGGAAUAUUGAAAUAUUCUAACAUCGUACAAAUUUUUUACAAUGAAAUGUUGUGUGAAAUUUCUGCAUGAAAUCUUAUUGAUUUAUUUUCAACUUGAAUAUUUGUUUUUAAUGAUAAUAAUUAAAUAUAUCAAUCAUUUCCUUCAACAUAUCGAGUCAUAUCAAAUGAAUUCGAUUGAUAAUUUUAUCGCUGAACUGUAGAGAUAAAGAAAUUACAUUCCCAACUACAUGUGAAAAGAUUUUUACUUUGACGGAGCGAAAAUUUUAUCAGAAAAAGCAUUUUUAAUGUAAUUUAAUUUCAACUUGAAUUUAUCGUUCAUUUUUUGUAACUUUGAGUACUUUUAUUGAGUGCCACUUAAUCAAUACAUUAAUAAUAUUAAUCAAGCAUAAAUCUUAGUCAUGAGAUAUUUUUGAGGAUAGUGGUUUAAAUUUUAAAGUGAUAAAUAACUUCAUUUAUUUAAUUUAAUUUUCUUUGUAAACUUCUUAAGCAAGCAUUUUCGAGCCAUAAAAGAAAAUCAUUGAAAUUAAAUAUUUUAAUGUCCCGGAAAAAAGGAAGUUGAACAUAAUAAAAUUCUGAUCAAAAUCGGGUUAAAAAUUAAUUAAUUAUUAUUCCUCUUUUAUAUUAAUUGUAGUACAUAUCUCAUUAUUAAAGUGUUUAUCAAUAGUCAGAAAAAUAUUUAAAAACAAAACGUGCCUUGACUUAUGAAUCUACUUUUAAAAACAUUUAAAAAAUAUUUAGAGAAGACCAAGAAGAAGACAACAAAUUGUGUUGCUGUAAAUAAUCAAACCAGCAUGAACAUAUCUUUAAAUAAAAAUCAUUCAAGAAACAUAUUAUGAGAAUAGUAGAAACAUUAUAAAUUGUUGAAGACUGUUGUCGGUAGUGAUGAUGAAAAGAUUUUAUUUAUUUAAAAACUUUCAUUAUGAUUAUUGAUGUGCAAGCUUACUUUGUAAAUUUUCAUGUAGCAAAAGAAAAGUUUUCAUCACAAAGCAUUUGUCAAAUUGUGUCUUUGAGAUUUCAUAAUGAACAGAAGGUAAUUUAAUUAAAGGAGUCAUCUUGCAUUUAAACAAUUUGACAAAUGCUUUUGACAAUUAAAUAAUUGAGACACAAAUAUAUUUUCUAAUUGAUACCAACGUCAAAUAUAAUCACAAGAAAAAAGCUUUCAAACAGGUAAAAAGCGCAAAUUGAACUUAGGAAAUGUAAGUUCGUCAUCUAAAUUAUUAUUAAAAGAAGAUUAAUUCGAUUUGUGCUGAUAUUUAAUAAACAAAGUUUUCUCACAAAACAUUUUUGUACUUUUUAUUUUUCAUCUAAAUAAAUAUUCUCAAAGCAAUAAAUGUGUUAAGUUAAAGAACUUUAUUUUAUAUGAUAAAGCAAUUAGUAAAAGGCUUGUAAAAAUAAGAAAGAAAAAUUAUCUUAAACAUGUAUUUAUUAUUUAAAAUUAUUUAAUAUAAUAAAAUGAAGCACAACUUAUUUUGAAACGUGAAAAAAAA